AGUUCAGACUACUACUUUCUUGCAGUUAAUGAGAGCUAACUUCGUGUGAUUGCAUUCUCUUUGGUCUCUGUUUUUAGGAAGCUAAAAGCGUUAAAAGUGGUGUUAUUGUGAAAACUAUUCAAUUUCAGGCUUCAUCACUUGAAUAUUAGGUGAAGUACGGCAAAUAUUACCUGUUAGAUACGAAAUCUGCAAAAGAAUUUUCUGCAUCACUGUGUACUAUGUUUUUCAAAGGCAUAAAUACCUACACCUAGUUCCUGUGAGAUUCUUGCCUUCAAAAGGAUUCAGCCUUGUACCAUAGAGAGACAAUAGAAAAGAUUGUUGCAAAAAAAUCGUAGUAAACAUUUUGUUUAUUACUGAAAAAAGGCGCCAAACUCGAUGGAUAAAACAUUUUAUUUUAAAAGUGUAAUUAAAUAUGUCUGCUGAACGAAAACAACAUCUUAUAGAGACUUAUUGUGGCACUUGUCUCAGUAAAGACCGGAAAUUAAGUUCGCUCAAAGUGAAAUGUAUCUACGAACAGUUAACGUUGCAUUUAAAAGAAUUCAAUAUUUGCUGGGAAUGUCGACGUCUCAUGGACAAGCUGUUUAAGUUCCAAAAAAAUGCAUUGCAAGCGAUGUAUAUACUGCAGUAUCAAAUCAACAGGACGGUGGAUAAUGAGCCGAUCAAGUUGCACUCUACGUCUGCACUCAAAGAACGAAAGACCGUUUUUAAACUGAGUAUUCCGAGUAUUUCUCCAAACCUCGAUGGUACAACGGAAAUUUUGGCCAAACCUGAUGCCGCAGCAGAACAAAAGAGUAAAGAAUCUAUUUCGAAUAUUAAAAAGUCACAAAAAAUAAAAAAAAAUAAUACUUGUUCUCCAAAGUUGACAUCAAAUUGUCAAACUUUAGCAUUCCAGUACUCGGAGUCUUUUCAUCCGUCAACUACAAGUACUGUCACCUCCGCCCAAGUAGAAACGGAUACAGCCAAAGUAACAGAAGAUAAAAAAAGUGCCAUUCCUAUACCAAUAGACAAUAAAAACCAAGUCAUUGACACACAAAAUGAAGAAACUGAUGAUUAUGACGACGUUGUUUGGAUAUCAAAUGAUGAAGAUGAAAUGUCAAGCCCUGCUACCAAAAAGAAUGAAACAAAUACAGGACCUUCAAGUAAUCUUGUAUCACUAGAUCAUCGUGACAUACCUAAAGGUCACAAUUCAAUCAUCAUGGAAAUCAUAGAUUUAACCAGCCAAAACAAAAUUGACACACGCACGAGGAAUCCAAAAACAGUUCCUAUAAAGUCUUCUUUAGCACAAUUGUAUCCUGUCAAAGCAAAGAUUACAGAAGAUUCAAAGCAAAGAUUCAAAAACAACAUUCGUGUAUUGUUAAACGAUAAAAAGCAAGUCAAUAACACAGAUGAUGAAGCUACUGAAGAUGUUGAUGUUAUUAUGAUGUCGUAUGAUAAAUAUAAAACUUCAACCCCUGCUAUCGAAAAGAAUGAAACUACUACAGGGCAAACAAGUAAUCCUGCACCACUAGAUCAACUUGAGACUUUAGAAGGUCAAAAUUCACAAACGAUAAGUAAAGAAAAAAGACUGCAAAUAAUUAAUGUGCUGAAAACCAAAAGUUUCCAAACUGAAUUAAAAAAAUUUCAAGCUAAAUUAAAACUAUGCAUACCACCAGUACCACCUAGAUCAUUCACAAAGCAGACGGACAUACCCCUCGGUGCUAGUCUCUUGCGGGGUGAGCAGAAGCACAAGUCUCCAGAGGAUAAUGUAACAAAAGGUACAAAUCAAAUUGAUAAUGACUUGAUCGAUACAACUAAAGAUGUACCUAAUGCAGACGCUAACAAUAUCGGAAAUAGAAGUGGCUUGAAAAUUUUAAAUAACGUGUUACUUGCUUCUACUGAACUCAAAAGAAAAGUCACUGAUACAGUUGAAACAGGACACGUUAAAAACGUGAAAACUGCAGCGGGCAACAUAAGUAAAAAUAUUCAGGUUGAUAGUUCGAAUGGCAGAAAACCUAUUUAUUUCAUAAAAGCAGCGCCACCGCCACUUGUGAGGCAGGCAGACGCAACACUCACCAUUAAAGCCUCUCAGAGACAGCAAAGCGAGAAAUCACCAGAUGAUACAAAUACAAAUCAAAUUACAAAUGACACUGGAUGUAACCGAGUUCAAGAUGACCUGAAUACCACUGUUGAUGAACCUCAUCCUGCAAACAUUAACGAUAUCGAAGAGACAAGUGAUUCACAAAUUGUAAAUAAUACUUUAACGACCUCUACUGAAAUGAAAAGUGAAACUAAAACGGAACAAAUACGUAGAUUGGAAAAAGUAAAAAAGGUAAAACGGCUAUUAAGCAAAAAUUCACAGGGUGAUGUUUUAGGAAAUAUUACCCGAAAACCUAUUUGUUUUAUAAAAACACCACAACCUCUUGUAAGACGGACAGAUGCACGUGUGUUGAGCCCCUGUCAGGCCGGAAUAAAUCAGAAAUCUCUAGAAGAUAAUACAAAUACGAAUAAAACUACAAAUGAGACUAAGCAUGACAAAGUUCGAGAUAACUUAACCAAUACUACUGAAGAUGAACCUCAUAUUGCAAGCACUAGCAAUACAAGCAGUAUAAAAAAUGUAAACAAAUUGUUACCGAUCUCUGAAUUUUUACUGAAAAAGAAAGAAACUGAUAUAGUUGAAAUGCCCAAAAAUAAACAUAAGGUUGAAAUGCGACAAACUGAAAAUGCACAGAAUAAUGAUACUAUCAAUAGAAAGGUAGAUGUAAUGCAAGCCCAUAGUCCUUAUCAGGGUGUGCAGGAGCCGUCCCAUGAAGAUGUUACUACAAAUUCAAAUAAAAUUACAAAUGACACAAAAAAUACUGAACUCGGGAAUGACUUAACACAUACUAUUGAAAGUAGUGAAGAUGAAAACGAUGUUGGGAACACUAACAAUAUGGAUGAUGAAAAUGGCUUAAACAUUGAAAAUGUACAAUUAGCGUACCCUACUUUUAAAACGACUUCAAUCAAUCAAAUUACGAAUAUUACUAAAUAUGUGAAAGUCCGAGACGACUUGACUAAUACUAUUAAAGAGAAACCUCAUGUUGCUAAUAGUAAAAACGACGGAAACGUAAAUAGUUUGGAAAUUAUUAAUACAAUUUUACCGAACUCUACCAAAUUGAAGAAUAAUGAAACUGAUACAGAACUAGCAGGCAAAUUCAAAACGUUAAGAAAUGAAAAUUCUCAAGAUAAUGUUUCGAAUGGUCGAAAACCUAUUUAUUUCAUGAAAACGAUACCACUUCCACCACCUCUGAUAAGACGGCCGGGCACAGCCCACGCUCCUAAUCCCAGUCAGGGCCAAAUUUCGCCAAAAGACGAUAUUAAUACGAAUCAAAUUGCAAUUAACAAUAUUCCUGAAGAUGAAAUUGAUACUGCGAACACCAAUAUUGAAGAUGAAUGUAGAUUAAAAAAUGUAAAUGAACAAAGCUUCGCUCAUCCUGUUUUGGAAGUGACGUCAACCAAUCGAAGUAAACAUGAUACUAAGUACAUUAACGCUCGAGAUGAUUUAACCAAUAAUACUGAAGAUGAACCUUAUAUUGCAAAUACUAAUGAAUCCUCUAAAGUCUUAAAAAAGGCAAAUGCACCAUCACCACCACCACCAUCAUUAUCACCUUCUGCUAAUCUACAAAGUAGUGAAGCUAAUACAAUACCAAAAGGUAAUUUUGAAAACUUGAGAAGGGUACAAAUGCUACAAAGGGCAUAUUCACAGGAUAAUGUUUCGAAUGGCCGAAAAACUAUUAACAUUAUAUGCACCCGAACUGGUCAUCCAAAAAUUAUUAAUGAAGCGACACCACCGCCGCUUCUUAUAAGACAGCCGGAUGCAACUCAUGCCAUUAAUCCCUGUCAGGGUGAGCACACCCAGAAGAUUCCAGAAGAUGACGUUAAUACAAAUACAAAAUGUUAUAUCAAAGUUCGAGACGACUUAACUAAGCCCACAGAAGAUAAAUCUCAAAUUGCCAACUCUACCAAUAUCGGAAUAGAAAAUAAAACUGUAAACAAAAUUUUCCAGUCCUCUACUGAACUGAAAAAUAAUGAGACACAAAUAAGUAGAUGUCAAAACGAUAAAAAGCACGAAAAGCUACAAAGUGAAAAUUCUAAAUUCACUGAAACCGUUUCGGGUGGCCGAAAAACUAUUUACUUUGUAAAAUCAGCACCACCAUAUCUUAUACGACGUGUAACCGUGUACAAUCAAAGUCAGAUGUCAUCAAAAGACGAUAUAAGUACGAAACAAAUUUCAAAAUAUUCAAAACACGUUCAAGUUCAUGAUGACUCAACAGAUACUUCGAGAGUACGAGAUAAAUUAAAUGACAUAGCUGAUGAUGAAAAUAUUACAAAUACUAACGAUAUCGAAAAUGAAAGUGACUCGAAAAUUGAAAAUACCGCUUUACCGAUCUCUACUAAAACGAAAAAGACUGAAACUAACACGGAACAAUUAGUUAAUCUUAAAAACACAACGAAACGUAAGGAUGAAAUGUUACAAAAUGAUAAUUCACUGAAUAAUGUUGAUGAUACUAUUAGUAGAAGAGAAAUAGAUGCAAGUGAAGCCCUCCUUCCCUGUCAGGAUGGGCAGGAGUCGUCACCAGAAGAUGUUAUUAAUACAAAUCAAAGCCUCAAAGAGAGUAUUUUGAAAGUGACUUCAACCAAUCAAAUUACAACUGAAACUAAAUAUAUUAAAGUGCGAAAUGACUUGGCCAGUAAGACUGACGAUGACUCUCAUAUUGCUAACACUAAAAUUAUAGGAGAUGAAUGUGAUUUCGAAGUAAAUGCAUUUUUACCGACUGAACUGAAGAAUGAUACAGAAACUGAGCUGAAAAUAGAAAAUAUGACUGAUGAUGAAACUGAUGCUGCGAAUGCUAACAACAUCGAAGGUGAAAGUGGCUUAAAAAUUGUAAAUGUACGAAGCUUAGCCUUCCCUGCUUUGAAAGUAACUUCUAGUCCAAAUGCGAAUGCAAAUAUGGCUCUUAAUGAUCAAUCCAUAAUGACUAGACCUGAAAAGAAUAUUUUGGCAGUGGAUUCAAUCAAUCAAAUUACUAAUAACACUAAGUAUAUAAGAGUUCGUAAAGAUUUAACCAAUAACUGGGAUGACGACUCUCGUAUUGCUAACACAAAAAAUAUCGGAAAUGAAAAUGGUUUUGAAAGUGUAAAUCCAUUUUUAUCGACUGAACUGAAGCAUGAAACUGAACAAAUAGAAGAUCUAUACACAAAUCAAUUUACAAAUGACAAUUUAACUUAUGAUGAAACGGAUACCACCAACGCUAACGAUAUUGUAGAUGAAAGUGGCUUAAAAAUUGUAAAUGUACAAAGCUUAGCCUAUCCUGUUGUAAAAGUGACGUCGGGACCAAAACCUGGUACAAGAGCGACUUAUAAUUAUGAACCAGUUAUGACUAGAUCCAAAAGCAGUAAAAUGAGAAGUCAAGGCAAUGUUGAACCGAAUGACAAUGUAUUAGCCAGAAACAUAGAAUAUGAGGAUAUGACGAUUCUAAGAGAGAACGAAAGAUAUUCUGAAAUGUACCAAAAAGCAAAGUUCAAAUAUAACAGACGUGUAUUUGGAAACAAAGAUAAAGAGUUGUUUAUGAAGAAGAAGAUGAACCAUGAGGAGGAAUCUACCAGUAACGCUGUCAGAAAUAAGAAACGGAAUGGCAGUAAGGUAAUAAAAACACGUGGCCGUCGGGUUGAUGAGGUUGGUCACCGACCUUCGUACCCACGUAAAGCGAAAAACAUGGCGGAAAAUAAGAAUAGACGACACAAAAAACCAGCUCGAGCCGUCAAAUGCAAUAUUUGUAAGAAAACUUAUAAGUCAAUAUAUUUUCUAAACAGACAUAAAUUAGUACAUACUGAAGUGAAAUCUAAUCAGUGUCAAUAUUGUGAUUAUAUGUUCAUGAGGAAAAUAGAUCUUAAAAUACAUUGUCGUAAAAUACAUAAGGACAAACUAAUGCCAGACACAGCAACAACAGGGAGAAUAACGACGGAUACAGAAACAACAGACUUUACAACAACAGACACGGGAACAACAGAAAAAAAUAUAUAUACAGAAACAACAUACAAUAAAACAACAGACACCAAACUGAUGCCAUAUCAUUGCCCAUUUUGUAAUUGGAAAUUUAUGAGGAGUGAUGACCUAGGCGCACAUUUUUGGUACAUACAUACGGACAAAUUGACGCCGUUUAACAGAGCAAUUUAUAAAACACAAGACAAUCAACAACAGACAACAAAAUCUACCACAGACACAAGAACAACAGGCACGACAACAACAGAAAAAAUGAUGGAUACAGAAACAACAGAUAGUGAUAGGACUUAUAUGUCAGGUGAUUCCGAUAAUGAAUUAAAAUCGGAUACAGAUACAGCAAGUGAAGAUGAAUCAAGACCUCGAUUUCAAAAGAUUUAAUAUGUUAUCUUAAAAUGCUUUAGCAGCGAGGGUGUGCUGCCGCCAAAGGAUGAUGUCGUGGUACCGAACAGAGCAUAGUACCCCGCUAGCCACGGGUUGAUAGUGUGACUAGGGAUUGACGGUCCACUUGAGUCAUGUUGGAAGUUGUAUAUAUGCGUCACGGUGUGUAAACUUCGAUAGCGCGUUUUAGGACUGCAUUAUUGAAUAGUGGCGCCAUCUGUUGCAUGUGGGCGGAACUAGCUGGUCAACUAGCUUACUGAAGAUUUGACAGAUCUUUUAUAGAAGCGACUGCCUUCGCCCUUCUAUUUUUAACUAGCGAAAGAAUAACCGACCCAAUUUAAUGAUUUCGUAACAAAUGAGGAUAAAAACUGCCUAUUUCUCCCAUUAGGUGUCGCUACUGUUGUGUGUACUUAAAUUUUGACAGUUCCCCAUACUAUUUGAGUUAAACAAAUACAUAGUUUUGGUUAUAUUUUGACACUAUAGCCCUUUGCACAGCGUUUAAUUGCAAAACCAUAGUGUUAUAUUUUUAUCUCUAAAGAUCGGAAAGAAACCUAUUUUGAAUCAAAACUGCCUUUUUCCAACUGAUGGCUUUUGUUUUUCGUAACUCAUCCUUCAGACGGGAUUCCGUUGUUCCACAUUUUAUAGCAAUUUACCAGGAAUUUUAGCUUGUACUGCCGCCUACAUUUUAGCUUCUAAUUUUAUCUUCAUUUCCAAGUUACUUCGUAAAUUAAGAAAUAGAUUAUACUUUUGUAAGCAAAAGUGGUUGACUUCAAUGAUUAAAGCAUUUAUCUGUC